AUGUCGCGAACUUUCUUAGUUACAGCAGCCUCCGGGCGCAUAGGACAAGAACUCCUUCCUCUCCUCCAACCACUGGAAGCAACACGAGUGAUUCUUCCCACUUCGAACGCUGCACGCCUGAGCGCAUCCCUCCCUGCACCAACAGAAUGCAACGCAGCCAGUUUCAUAGUAGAGGAAGGGUCCGUUAAAGACCCCGCAUGGUUCCAAGGACUGCUCACCAAAUACGAUGUCGACACAGUCUUCCUAUGCUUGACUGGCGAAGACGAGCUCUUCACAACAAUGAACUGUUUUGAUUGUCUAUCCAGAACAAAAUCAGUGAAGCACCUGAUCUACCUCUCAGCCUGUGCAGAUUUCGCGUCCCCUGAAGUUGCGCAGUCGAUUCUUCAAUUUUGUUCGGCGGGGCAUGUUCUAGUGAAGAUCCUGACGGAACAGAAGUUGGUGUAUGGCAAUUUACCAUUCACGUGGACUGUGCUCCGUCCCGCUCUUUUCUUUAUCAAUGACUUGAGGGCGAAAAAGUCCUUGCUUGAGAGGGGUGUGUAUGAUGAGCCUUUAGGUGAGAAGGGUGUUAGUCGUGUGGCGCCGUCGGAUAUUGCUCUUGCCGUGAAGAAUGUCUUUGUUGAUAGAAGCGGGAAAUGGGCUGGGAAGCAUGUUCCUAUUGGGUCGCGGAGAGCUUAUAAAGGCUCUGACAUUGCGAAGAUAUGGUCGGAUGCUCUGCGGAAGGAUGUUGAUAUUUACCCUGCUAAUGAGGACGGGUUCGAGCGAUUUGAGCAGGAGUUGGGUGCCCGGAAAAACGCGGCUUGGGGAAGGGAUAUGAGGUUAAUGGUGGAGACUAUUGCAGAGCGAGGAUUUGGCAUGGCGGAAGAGGGGUAUCAGUUGCAGGUUGAACUUUUGGGGAAGGUUCCUGAGGACUAUGAAGCAUGGGUUAAAGAGACUGCUUGUACCUGGUGA